CGGGCCUGGAGCGUCCCAGCGCGGACCAGGAGUGAGCGGAGGCGGAGGAGAUGGCUUCCCAGCCGCCGCCUCCCCCGAAACCCUGGGAGACCCGCCGAAUUCCGGGGGCCGGGCCAGGACCAGGACCCGGCCCCACUUUCCAAUCUGCUGAUUUGGGUCCUAGUUUAUUGACAAGACCUGGACAACCAACACUUACCAGAGUGCCCCCACCUAUUCUUCCAAGGCCAUCACAGCAGACAGGAAGCAGCAAUGUGAAUACUUUCAGACCUGCUUACAGUUCAUUUUCUUCAGGAUAUGGUGCCUAUGGAAAUUCGUUUUAUGGAAGCUAUAGCCCUUAUAGUUAUGGAUAUAAUGGGUUGGGCUAUAACCGCCUCCGUGUAGAUGAUCUGCCACCCAGUAGAUUUGUUCAGCAAGCUGAAGAAAGCAGCAGAGGUGCAUUUCAGUCCAUUGAAAGUAUUGUGCAUGCAUUUGCCUCUGUCAGUAUGAUGAUGGAUGCUACCUUUUCAGCUGUCUAUAACAGUUUCAGGGCUGUAUUGGAUGUAGCAAAUCACUUUUCCCGAUUAAAAAUACAUUUCACAAAGGUUUUUUCAGCUUUUGCAUUAGUUAGGACUAUAAGGUAUCUAUACAGACGGUUACAGUGGAUGAUAGGUUUAAGAAGAGGCUCUGAGAAUGAGGACCUGUGGGCAGAAAGUGAAGGAACUGUGGCUUGCCUUGGUGCCGAGGACAAAGCAGCUAAUUCAGCCAAAUCUUGGCCAAUAUUCUUGUUCUUUGCUGUUAUCCUUGGUGGUCCUUACCUCAUCUGGAAACUUCUGUCUACCCAUAAUGAUGAAGUCACAGACAACACCAACUGGGCAAGUGGUGAGGAUGACCAUGUAGUUGCUAGAGCAGAAUAUGAUUUUGCUGCUGUGUCCGAAGAAGAAAUUUCUUUCCGUGCUGGUGAUAUGCUAAACUUAGCUCUCAAAGAACAGCAACCCAAAGUGCGUGGUUGGCUUCUGGCUAGUCUUGAUGGUCAAACAACAGGACUUAUACCUGCUAAUUAUGUCAAAAUUCUUGGUAAAAGAAGAGGUAGAAAAGCAAUGGAAUCCAGUAAAAUUUCCAAGCAGCAACAAUCUUUUACCAACACAACACUAAUUAAAGGAGCCACGGCUGCUGAUUCUUUGGAUGAACAGGAAGCUGCCUUUGAAUCUGUUUUUGUUGAGACUAAUAAGGUUCCAGUUGCACCUGAUUCCACUGGGAAAGGUGGAGAUAAACAAGAUCUUUGAUAUCUUUCAUGUUUGCCUGCAAUUGAACUAUACUUUUUAAAAAUUACUUCUUACAAAGAAAUUAAUCUACAAUCCAGUGAACACAUUUGUUAAUGGCUAUUCCAGGUGUUUUGCUGCUAGAAAUUAUUAAAGUUGUACACUAGUAUGUUGGUCUAGUGACCUGGUUACAUUUUACGAGUUCUUAGACCAUGAGGGUAUUUGUUUCACCUAGAUUUUAAAAUUAUGGAGACUGCUGUCAUUUUCAUCUUAUAUAAAAUCCUGUGUUUAUUGAAAUAAUGAGUUUGAUGAACUAUAGAAUACACUGCUACAGUAGGGGUCAUUAAUGCUUUUUAAAGUUAGAGAUUUGGAAUUGAUUUGGAAUCCUCAGAUAACGGGUGAUAACACACAAAUAUGAGAACAGGCAAAAGGCUAAUUUUUUUUUAACAACUUUAAUUAAACUGAAUAAUAAAAAUUUUCUGAUCUGUGUUAUAUGCAGUCUUGGGUUUGCUUUAGGCAGUAAUAUAUUUUUAUCUACUAACAAUUAAUACUUUUACCUUUUAUUGUAUUUUUAAAAAUUCAUCUUGAAAAGGUCUUGAAAAGGUCACUAGAAGCAUGGUUCUAGAGUGAUAUUUAGCCCUUAUAGUUUUUCCUGCUAGUAAAAAAGGCUGAAAAUUCUCUUUCUUCCAGAUUAUUUCCAUUUCUUCUGAUGAUCAUGGAAUGUUUUAUCCCUUUACAAUAUGACUAGUUUUCAUCCUGGAUAAAUCAGAAUAUAUGAAAGAUUUACUUUCUUUUUCUACAGCCAAGACUCAAAUCCUUCAAAUUUACACAUUACAGUAUAAUCAUUUCCAGCGGUAAUGAUUUAUAUCUUUUCAUGGAUUCUCUGCUUUUCCCUCGUAUAAUUACUUUUUAAAUUCCAUAUUCAGGCUGUUCUGUAAACAUUGAAAACGUGUCACAUUGGAUACACAUUCUGUUAGGUUUAGUUUUUACUACUGAGACUAUAAAUGCAAUGCCAUUUAGCAUAUGAUAAUACUAUACAACUUGUUUUAUAUUUAAUAAUGACUUUAAAUGCAGUUAAACUUCACUGAAUAUUUAGCCAUAAAAUUGGAAAAUCAUACAAAAUUGGAAAACCCAAACGUUGUGAUCAUAAUACAAAAUAAUACUUUCAGGAAUACAGGUGUACAAAAAUACAUUUACAGAUACUUGCUGAAAGCCUGGGACUAUUUGAUAAAGAUUUUGAUUUAGUAUUUUCAUCUUCUUACAGACUUUAUGUUGUAAAUAAUUCUAGAACAGUUCACACUAAAACAUAGAAGAUCCAGAUAUAUACGUAUAUACAAAUAUAUAGCAUGGAACUUUACUAAAGUCUUUUUGGGAGCCUCUCCUUUGAAAUGACAAUAUAAUAAGUAACAUAUAAUUUAAACAUAUAAUUUAAAAUACAAAUAUUGACCCUGUGCAGAAAAAAAUAAUAAGAUAGUAAAAUUUAUUUAUCUUAAGCCUAUUUUUCGAACACUGAGAUACUUAGUCUUCAAGUUGAGAUAAAGUUCCUUGCAUAUUAUUUUCCAUUUGUGUUCUACAAUUAGAGGUUCUGGUUUUGUUAGAGUAAUUUAUGGAGAUUUUGUCCUUGAAACAAUUUUGAUAAGGCAAAUUAUUAAAUUUGGUGUUCAAACAUGUAAAUUGGGGGUGCUUGGGUUGCUCAGUGUGUUAAGCGUCCAGCUUUGGCUCAGGUCAUGAUCUUACAGUUCAUGAGUUCAAGCCCUGCAUCAGUCUCUGUGCUGUCAGCGCAGAGCCUGCUUCAGAUCCUCCAUCCCCCUCUCUCUCUGCCCCCCACCCCUGCUCUCUCUGUCUCUCUCAAAAAUAAACAUUUAAAAAAAAAUUUUUUUAAAGAAACAUCUAAAUUGAUUGCUAGAAGUCAAGUCAAGUAGGGGUGAAAUGCUGAGGCAUUAAGGAUAGAAUUUGUGACUAUUAAAGGUGCCUAGGGAGAAGAGUAUAGCACAGAAUGAAUGACAAAAACAAUUUCACUUUUCUUAGGGUAUUUGUUUUUUGGUUAAGUAUGCUAAAUUGCAAUAUACGUUAUCUGGUAACUAUUUGUUUCUGAAAAUUCCUUUUCGGUUAGAAUUUUGUAAAAGGAAUUUAGGAAAAUAAGCAGAGAAAUUUUGUAGCCUUUUUUAUCAUGAUAGUUUUAGUGUAAUUUUUUAGUUGAGAUUAAAUGUAAUGUUCACAGAUCUAUUAUUGUUUUUAGAAACUUAUUUAAGGAGUACUACUUUACAGAAAUUACUAACUGAAACCAAAACAUUUUCAAUUAAACAGAACAAUAAAUCACAAGUUACAGUAAGAAAACAGAUUUCAUUUAAAAAAAUUUUCCGAUUGUAUUUUAUCAGUUUAGAAAGGAAAAGGUAAGAGGACUAUAAAUUUUCAUGUUUUAACAUUUUAUGUAGGUACUUGAUUCAGUCUAUCUUUAUGUCAUAAUUAUAUGUUUACUUGAAUAUAGCUGUCUUUUAUCUUCUGCUUUCUUUGAUGGAAAAAAGAACAGAAAUUGUUCUUCAGUUAAAAUUUGAUUUUGAAUAGAUUGUGAAGUUACUUUUACUGGACAAAUAAAAGUAUAUUAAACUUGGUUGA